AUGGGGGGUCUUUGUUCAAAGUCUGCCAAAGGUGACAAGGUGUUUGCCAAAGCAGAUGCAUAUUCUGAUAACCAUAAAUCUGAUGUCAAGAACCACAAGUCCACCAUCAUGUUGCCCAAUGAUUUGACAAGUGCAGGGGAUCAUGGAGUCGACAAGAAAAGGCAAGAAGGUGCUGCUGCACCUACAGGGACCGGUUCUGAUGAUUUCUACGAUGGAAUCCCACGGUUUCCUGAUUCUUUUCCCCACAAGUCUAGGUCAGUAAGAUCAAGGCAAGCUGUGGCAAAGGUCUCAGAGGUGAGUUUACGCCUGGGCAGAGCUGGUAUUGAUGUUUUGGACACUCUUGGGAGUAGCAUGACAAAUUUAAGUGCCGGUGGUUUUGUAUCUGGUGCUGUGAUGAAGGGGAAUGAAAUUGGCAUUUUAGCAUUUGAAGUCGCAAACACUAUUGUCAAGGGUUUUAGUCUUAUGGAAUCUCUUUCAGCAAAAAGUAUUAACCACUUAAAAGAAGAGGUUCUUCCAUUAGAGGCUGUGCAAGAUUUAGUGUCAAAGGAUAUAGAUGAACUUCUAAGGAUUGUUGCAGCUGACAAAAGGGAUGAGUUGAAAGUCUUUUCCGAUGAGGUAAUUCGUUUUGGAAAUCGAUCAAAGGAUCCUCAGUGGCACAACUUGGACCGAUACUUUGAGAAAAUUAGCAAAGAACUUCAUUCCCCAAGACAAUCAAAGGAGGAGGCUAAAUUGCUAAUGCAACAAUUGAUGACUUCGGUUCAGUUUACAGCUGAAUUAUACCAUGAGUUACAUGCUUUGGAUAGAUUUGCACAAGAUUAUCAGCAUAAACGUGAAGAGGAUGAUAAUUUGGGUGCAGCUCAAAAUGGUGACGGCCUUUCAAUCUUGAGGGCAGAACUUAAAAGUCAAAAGAAGCAAGUUAAACAUUUGAAAAAAAAGUCACUUUGGUCCAGAAGUUUGGAGGAGGUUAUGGAGAAGCUUGUAGAGAUAGUUCAGUUUUUGCAUUUGGAGAUAAACAAUGCCUUUGGCACUGCAGAUGACCAUAAACCAUUAAUUCAAACCAUCAGCAAUCGCCAAAGAUUGGGUCCUGCGGGCCUUGCUUUGCAUUAUGCUAAUAUAGUGCUCCAAAUUGAUACUCUUGUUGCCAGAUCCAGUUCUAUGCCGGCAAAUACAAGGGAUGCAUUGUAUCAAAGCUUGCCUCCUAAUAUAAAAUUAGCUUUGCGUUCCAAAUUACCAAGCGUUCAUGUUGUAAAAGAGCUUACCAUAUCAGAUAUUAAACAAGAGAUGGAGAAAACAUUGCAUUGGCUGGUUCCAAUUGCUACAAACACAGCCAAAGCACAUCAUGGUUUUGGUUGGGUAGGGGAGUGGGCAAGCACUGGCUCUGAGCUGAAUAAGAAGACCAUGAAGGCUGAAGUGAUGAGGAUUGAAACACUUCACCAUGCUGAUAAAGACAAAGUAGAAAAUUAUAUUCUCGAACUUCUCCUAUGGCUUCACCGCUUGGCCAUCAAAAGUAAAUCUGGUAUUGAUACAGGAGAAAUGAGGUCUGCCUUAAAGUCCCAUGUCAGCACUACCCCACAAACGGAAAAUCAACAAUCUACAAAAGUCUUACCACCAUUGUUAACAAGUGACGAACAGCGAAUGUUGCAAGAUGUUAGUAAUAAAAUUUGUAGAAGAGGGAUCAGUAAAAGCUUGGACUUUGACAGGGUGAAGAUUGGAUUGACAGAUAAUGGAAGACUUACCAAGAGUAGCAGUUAUUCAUCAACAAGUAAAAGCAAGGAAUUUUCUUUUAAUAGAAUUUUGUCUAAGCUUCCUGUUAUUGAUUUUGUUAUCGACAAAAAGAGAGCACUGGAUGUGAUUGACAGACUAGAUGUGGACAGAUAG